ACACUUUUCUCUUUCUCCUCUUCCACAUCCAUCGGCAGCGAGAGACUCGCGGGGCGACCCCUUUUCGCCUCUCUCGUCACGGGGAAAUAGCGUGAAGAUGAAGGAAGACGAGAGGUUCGGUUAAUCGCUACAGAGGAAAUUUUUGGCGAUCGUGAGUCUCGGUGGAUGAAAUCGAGCAGCUCUUUUGCGGAGGAGUCAAACCCGUAGAUCGAGUACUUUGGUGGAAGAACAGAUUCAGAGGAAGAGGGGCGUCGUCGCCCAAGAGAUCUCUAUCGCGCAUCUCGUGGGAGUACAUCAAUGAGCAAUUGUAGUAGCUGUUCCCAUUCGUUCGCAAAUGGGACGUAUCCCUACUUCCGAUCUGCAAAUCAGCAGACCCCUCAACUCAAUUGCUUCCUCUUGGAAUAAUUAGUGAUGAUGUGUGGAUAGGAGAGUUGUCUGCUAACAGAAUCGGUGGUUCCCAUACUGCUUCCUUGAUACAGGAAUCUGGUGCUGAUGUCAGGAAUUGACCUCCACAUGUCAUCUUCAUUGCCGUAAUUGCAUUGAUCCUAAAGUAAAUGGUCGUAUCGAAAUGGAUUAAAUCAAGUAGCAGUAUGAAUUAAUUGCAAGCUUUCCCAGGUUUGAUUGUAGUUCUGAUUAUUGUAGUACAUGGAAUAGAGCCUAGGAUUUGACCUUGACAGUUACGUGAAGGAACCGCCAAUCUCGGAUCAACCCUCUAAUAAUUGUGUCACGUAGUUUCCUCUGCGGUAGGCAAGAGUUGUCCACCCAACAAUAUACCCCUGCUUGUGUUGCAGUCGGGGCUUAAACACGACAACGAACACGAGUAUCAACGCCAUAAUGCUUGCCUUGGGACUCGUGACAACAAUUUACAUGCCUAAGCAGUCACGUCUUUGGAAGGCUUAGCAGUAUUUGUACUCGAAUACCGGAGAAAAGAACUAAUGUGACGCGAAAUGUUCGCGUCAACCGUUUCUGUUGCCCAAACAAAACUCCACCCACGUCACCAGUUCUCUUGGAAGCUAUGGGGCCACUGCUGCUUCCAAUCACCAGGCAGCACAGCAUCGGCCUCCUUGUUAUUGAGGCUGCUGUGCUGACCAGGCUUCUGUGGUCCAGAGCGAGUGGGGGCGGUUCGCUCUAACACGCAAUUCGUGCCAUGUGUUACGGCAUGUUGCUUUGGGAAGUCCCACAAUUUUGCACCCACCAAACCAUGGUGCGACCUCCAAUUGUCGUCUGCCGACGCCCGAUGGACCACUAGUUUGUGGUCCGUAAUAUCGACGUGCCUGUUCAUAAUUCGCUUCAUUGCUGGAAUGAUGACCUGAACGUCUACUGCAUUUCAGGUGAACCGAGAUCUUCAUAUUGAAGGUCUUUUGGCAGCGACAGACACAGGGAGGAGCAAUGGAUCAUCAAGAGGGAAGCAACGACAUAGAUGGCAUGGAGGGCGCGUGGCGGGAGAUAGAGAGGAAUGGAUCGGGGUUGUACGAGAAUGAGGAGGCUGGGAGUAUGAGGGAGCCACUACUGAGGAAGCGCACCAUGAAUACAACCUCGCAGAUCGCUAUCGUUGGCGCCAAUGUCUGCACCAUCGAGAGCUUGGACUACGAAAUUGUGGAAAACGAUCUUUUCGAGCAAGACUGGCGGUCGAGGAAGAAAGUCCAGAUAUUCCAGUACAUUGUCCUCAAAUGGACUCUUGCUCUUCUGAUUGGUUUGGCAACAGGGCUAGUUGGCUUUUUCAAUAACCUUGCAGUUGAGAACAUUGCUGGAUUUAAAUUGUUGCUGACGAGUAAUCUUAUGCUUGAGCACAGGUACUUUGCAGCAUUUUUAGCCUACUGUAGCAUCAAUGCAAUUUUGGCAGCAUCUGCAGCUGCCCUCUGUGCUUAUGUUGCACCUGCGGCUGCUGGGUCUGGCAUUCCUGAAGUGAAAGCUUAUCUAAACGGAGUCGAUGCUUAUUCCAUACUGGCUCCUAGCACGCUCUUCGUAAAAAUAUUUGGGUCAAUUGGUGGAGUUUCUGCUGGAUUUGUAUUGGGUAAGGAGGGGCCUAUGGUGCACACAGGAGCAUGCAUUGCCAACUUACUUGGUCAAGGUGGAUCUCGCAAGUAUCAUCUGACUUGGACAUGGCUCAGGUACUUCAAAAAUGAUAGGGAUCGACGAGAUCUGAUAACCUGUGGAUCAGCAGCAGGAGUGGCAGCUGCCUUCCGAGCACCAGUUGGUGGUGUUCUCUUUGCUCUCGAAGAAGCGGCUUCCUGGUGGCGAAGUGCGCUUCUGUGGAGAACAUUCUUCACAACAGCUGUUGUUGCUGUAUCAUUGAGAAGUUUAAUAGAGUAUUGCCGCAGUGGAAAAUGCGGGUUGUUUGGCAAAGGAGGACUAAUAAUGUUCGAUGUUAGCUCAAGCGUUACCACAUACAGCACUCCCGAUCUGAUAGUCAUAAUAGUUCUUGGAGUAAUUGGGGGAGUCUUCGGAGCCCUCUUCAAUUACCUUCUGGACCGGAUUCUUCGAACCUACAGCUUCAUCAAUGAGAAAGGUGCUCCGUUCAAGAUUCUCCUCACCGUGGCCAUAUCUAUCCUCACAUCAUGCUGCUCUUACGGGCUCCCUUGGCUCGCCAGCUGCACUCCCUGCCCCGCACAUCUCCAAGAGCAGUGCCCGACCAUAGGCCGCUCCGGCAAUUUCAAGAACUUCCAGUGUCCCCCGGGUCACUACAAUGACCUUGCCUCCCUCUUCCUCAACACCAACGACGAUGCCAUCCGCAAUCUCUUCAGUGCCGGCACUGACAACGAGUUCCAUAUGUCUACCCUUUUCGUCUUCUUCGCUGCGGUUUAUUGCCUUGGACUCGUAACAUAUGGCAUUGCUGUUCCUUCGGGUCUCUUCAUCCCAGUUAUACUCGCCGGUUCUACAUAUGGCCGAAUGGUUGGGACUCUGCUUGGCCCUAUCUCGGACCUCGACGCCGGCCUCUUUGCCCUCCUUGGAGCAGCAUCUUUUCUUGGUGGAACCAUGAGAAUGACUGUUUCAGUCUGUGUCAUCCUCCUUGAGCUCACCAAUGACCUGCUACUGCUACCUCUGGUGAUGCUGGUUCUUCUGAUAUCCAAAACAAUGGCUGAUAGCUUCAACAAGGGGGUCUACGACCAGAUUGUUCGGAUGAAGGGCUUGCCUUUCAUGGAGGCCCAUGCAGAGCCUCACAUGAGGCACUUGGUCGCAAGGGAUGUGGUCUCAGGACCCCCCGUCAGCUUUUCUGGAGUGGAGAAGGUGGGAACCAUAGUACAUGCACUAAGAUUGACCGGUCACAAUGGAUUUCCGGUGGUUGAUGAGCCACCGUUCUCGGAUGCCCCUGAGUUAGUCGGGCUGGUGUUGAGGUCUCACUUACUGAUUCUGCUGAAAGGGAAGAGAUUUUCCAAGGAAAGGGUGAAGACUGGGGUACGAGAAAUGUUACAAAGGUUUGGUGCCUUUGAUUUCGCUAAAGCUGGAUCAGGGAAAGGACUCAAGUUGGAAGACUUGAACAUCCUCGAAGAGGAAAUGGAUAUGUUUGUUGAUCUCCAUCCUGUUACGAAUAAAUCACCCUACACGGUGGUUGAGACGAUGUCAUUGGCUAAGGCUGCCAUCCUCUUCAGGGAGCUCGGACUCCGGCACCUCUGCGUUGUGCCAAAGACACCGGGGACGCCUCCAAUUGUUGGAAUCCUUACUCGACACGACUUCAUGGCGGAACACAUUCUUGGAUUGUUCCCUCAUCACCACUCCCACAAAUAGGUCAUCGCUGUACUUAUAUUUCUUUGCCUGUCACACUGUUACUGCAAUAUCUAUCAACAUAUUAAUAUCGCUGCAGACUUUA